UAAAAGCACGUAUUAUAGUUAUAUUAUAUUCAAAUAAGUUUUAUCAUACUUAUGCUUUGCAAUGGAAAUAUUACUGACAUAUCGUAAUAUUACAGUUAUUGAGGUUGGCUCAAUGGCCAAGUGGUUAAGGUCGCUGACUUCAAAUCACUUACCCUUAACCAAUUUGGAUUCGAGCCUUAUAUUGUGCGUAGAAUUAUUCAUGCGAAAAAGCAAUCCAGCUGCCUGACAGAAGGUCGGUAGUUUUACCUAGGUGCCAGCCCGUGAUGACAUAAAGCCUGGAUCGGCACCUGGUGCCUUCUUCGACCACGACAACCUAGACAGUCGCCAUAUGACCUAUAAUUGUGCCGGCGUGAGGUAAAAACCCAAUAACAAGUAUUGACAUUGAACCCUCUGUACUACAUCUUUAAACUAUUUCAAUUAACAUCUUUAUCUUGAACAACAUGUCUUAACAGCACACAUAAGUAGUCACACAUUUUGCAUUGAGUUCAGACAAAUACACUCUUGGUGGCGCCUUGCAGGAUAUUUUGUUUAAAUUAAAAGAUGGCAAACGAAUAUCUAUUACACAAAUGGAAAUUAUGGUUUAAAGCAUUUAACGUGAAAAAAGAUGGUGUUCUUUCACGGGAAGAUGUCUUCGAAGAAGAAGACAAAUUUGCGCACCUUCACCAUUUCGGCGCGGAGAAGAGAAAGGAUAUUAUUGGACAGUUAGACAAAUGGUAUGAUCAGUAUAUCUUUCGUGGGAAAUCUGGUCCAAUCACAGUACAGGAAUACAUCGAUAUGCAGAAUAACGACUUCAAAGAAGAUAAAGAAAAGUACACAAAGUGGGCUGAAGCAUGCGCCGAAACGAUAUUUGAUAUCUUGGAUAUUGAGCAUGAUGGUACAAUAACCGAAGAGGAGUUCUUGAUAGCUUUCAAAUCUGCUGGUCAUGAAAAUAUAAAACUUGAUAAGGACUUUUUCAACGCUUACGACCCCAAAGAUGGAAAGGUUACAGUGAAAAAGAUGGUAGACACGUGGGUUACAUUUCUCACCAGUGAGGAUAGCUCACAGCCAGAUAUCAUCAAAGAUGCCUUUGAAGGUGGAGUAUAAAUGUAUCUGAAGACAUUUUAUUCUCUUGUAUGUUUUUGUUAUCUUUAUUCUGGCUACCAAAAGAAAUAACCAGCAGUUUUGCUCUUAUAGCGUGACAAAUAAAAAGACAUUUAAAGCACUUCACUAGAAAAUGGCUUAUUUCAAUUGUUUGACAUUUGAUUGGUAAAGUAUAUAAACAUAUGUAAUGUAUGCACUGUAACAAAUGAAGAAUAUUCAUUAAAUAAAAAUUAUA